UAGGCAUACAAGUUAUAAAAUAAAAUCAUGGUGUAAAGACGAAAAUCCAAGUAUCAAGCUGAAUCAAUUCUAUUUCACUAUUGGCAUUAUAAACGUCAAUAUCCUACUGAGCAAAAAUAAUAUUAUUAUUCUGAUUGAACAAUAAUUGUAUUUUUUUAGAAAAAGAAUUAAUAGCCAAAAAUCAAUAAUUUUUCUAGUUUUCUUUGCACUUGGACGGAAAAUGAAAACCUUAAGCUUAAAGUCCAAUUAGUUUCGAAACAGUUGCUGGCGCGUACAUACGUUUGUGAAGUGAGUUGUUUGUUGUGAAACUUUGUAAAAAAACGAAAAAAAACUUCCUACCUGUUAAAAAAUAAUAAUGGUUUUAUAAAUUAGUAAAAAAAAGAAAAAUUAAAAAGUAAAUAUGGUUCAACAACCUUUUGAUAGUAAUGCGCAAACUCACGUAGUAGUUUUAGACAAAACAGGCAAAAGAUCUUUUGGAAUAUGUAUCGUAAGAGGAGAGGUAAAAGACUCGCCGAACUCCAAAACUUCUGGCAUAUUCAUAAAAGGAAUUGUUCCUCAAAGUCCAGCACAUAUAUGUGGAAAAUUAAAGGUUGGUGAUAGAAUACUGACCCUCAACCAACAGGACGUCCGAAAUGCAACUGAGCAAAAUGUCAUUGAUCUCAUUAAAGAUGCUGGUAUGAAAAUUAAUCUAGAAGUCCAAACAUUUGGCCAUAAACAAAAUGAAGUUUCUGAAGUUCAGCUCAAACCAGUCAAACAAAAAUCUAUUGAAAAUGGAACUGUCGAAAGAAAAGAUACUAUCAAAAAAGAUAACAAGCAGCCGUCAAAUAAGCCUCUUAUGCCAAAGGAUCUUAUAAAAACAUCAACAACAACAUCUUCUGCAGUAGUAGAUGAUGGUGAUGAUGAGGAGGAUACUAGAGAUAUGACAGGACGUACGUUCUCGGAAGCUGGAUACGAGAUUGACCGAGCUUCUGCCGGCAACUGUAAGCUAAAUAAAAUCGAACAAGAAAAGGACAAGGAAACUCCUGAUGAGUUUGGUUACACAAUGGCUAAGAUCAAGAAAAGAUAUUCAAAUUUGAAGGAUCUAAGGAAAAUUGAAGUCACAAGGCCACCAAACACAGAUCUUGGCUUAGCUUUGGCAGGUCACAGAGAUCGUCAGAAAAUGGCUUGUUUUGUUGCCGGUCUACAUCCUCAGGGUCUGAUGGCAAAAUGUGACCUAAAGCCCGGUGAUGAAAUUCUUGAAGUAAACGGAACAGUCUUACAAAAUCGAUGCCAUCUCAAUGCUUCGGUUAUUUUUAAAAACAUUCUUAACGAAAAACUGGUCUUUGUUUCGCAUAGGAGGAAAGCUAACGACGAAGGAAUAUCAGUCAAACCAUUUACUAGAUUUCCUCCAAUAGUAGAUGAGACAGAGUACUUAUUUACUGCAUACAAAAAUGUCAAAUCUGUCAAAAUUCAGAAGGUCGGAUGCCUGGGACUUAUGAUUAUUGAAGGAAAGCACAUAGAAGUUGGAAGAGGUAUUUUCAUAUCCGAUCUUAAGGAAGGAUCGAAUGCUGUGGAGGCUGGACUUAAAGUUGGUGAUCUUGUAUUAGCAGUUAAUAAAGACGUUUUAGUCGAAUCAACUUAUGAUGAGGCCGCUGCAAUUCUUAAACGCGUCGAAGGUAUCGUUACUAUGGUGAUAUGCAGUCUGAAGACUGAAGAACAAAUUAUGAAAGAAAGAGCUGAAGAAGAGAAAAAGAAGCAAGCUGCUGAAAAGAAAGAACCUGAAAAGCCUGUCGAUCCAUCUGUAGCUGAAAUAACUACAAAUAAGAAGGUUUUGAUUGAAAUCAAUGUUCAGAAAAAACCUUUAGGUGUUAUAGUAACUGGUGGCAAGAAUAACUAUGUUAAAACUGGAUGCAACAUAACACACAUUUAUCCUGAAGGAGUCGUGGCUCAAGACAAACGACUUCAACUUUUCGAUCACAUAAUUGCCUUCAAUGGAACUCCAGUAAAUUGUGCAGAAAUGACAACAUUGAAAGUUCAUCAACUUUUCCAUCUGGCAUAUGAGAAGGCAACACUUUUAGUAUGGAGAAACGAUCCUCCCGAAAUAGAAACAAUUACUGUCGAAUUUGCGAAGAAACCCGGUAAAGAUUUAGGUUUAUCACUUGCACCAAAUGAGAAAGGUGCCACAAUUGUUGAAAUCACUUCAGCUGGAUAUGCUGAUAUAGACAACAAACUUCAACGUGGUGACAUUAUAUCUAAAUUUAAUGGAGAUUCCCUGGAAAAUGCUUCGUUUGCUGAAUGCUAUGCUUUGUUUAAGGGUGCAAAUGGAAAAAUAAGCUUAGAAGUUCUGAGACCUAAGCCAACGACAAGGGAGAAGUAAAUAACACUUUAUAAGUACCUUGUUUUGAUUUAAACUAAUAAAAUAUCAUUUUAAAAAUUUUAA